AGCGCCUGCCGAAGGCGCUAAUUCCUCUCGUGUGCUCACGUAGAGUGCACAAUGCGGAGGUCGCGCCUUGUCACAGCUGGUGACGAUCGCGUGGCCGUUGCCUACGUUGUAACUUUCUUGCCGCUCACUGAAACAGCGUCACGUCGCCGCGAUUACGGGGGUGUAAAUCACUUUUCUCAAUAUAGAUCACCCGCGAGAGUAACUACGUGAGAUUAUCGGGCUCGCUCUGCGCGGUGCGUCAACUGGGCCCGUCCGCGCGCCGUGCGGACUGUUUUCUCUGAAUCGACGCUGGCACCGGUCGAACGUACUCGAGUGCCCUGAUGGAAGGCACGGAGGAUGCGGCCUCCAUCGACUUCGGCGACGUCGAACGUGGAGUCAUCAGGAAGGCUCCCAGGCAUCGGAUGGCGGCGUUCUUCCACCUGGCUUUCCGGACGACGGCGCUGCUUACGUACCUGUUGUGCCGCCUCUUCACGGACAGCUUUGUGUCCAGCUUUGUGUGCAUCCUGCUGCUGCUCUGCAUGGACUUCUGGACCGUCAAGAACGUCACGGGCCGUCUGCUGGUCGGACUCCGGUGGUGGAACUACGUCGACGACACCGGGAAGAGCCACUGGGUCUUUGAGAGCCGCAAGGCGGGUGAGCAGACCACAGAUGCCUCGGAAGCAAGCCUAUUCUGGAUGGGGCUCAUCGGAGCACCUGUCCUGUGGACGCUCUUCUUCUUCGUCUCCCUGUUCAGCUGGAACUUUCAGUGGCUGAUGGUGACAAUGAUAGCCCUGGCCCUAAACGGGGCCAACCUGUACGGCUAUAUCCGCUGUCGGUUGGGUUCAAAGGGAUCCAUGAAGGCAGCUGCCUCCAACUUCUUUGGACAGCAGCUGCUUCGUGGGAUGUUCAGCAAGAAAGAAGCGGCGCCCCCUGCGAGAGAUAGUGGAACGGCCCAGCUUCAGCCGUGACAACGUGGCCGGCCAAUUCGUUCCUGUCUGUCCUAUGUAUAUAGACUCUCUCCACCUUCUCUUUCAUAAAGCCAUUGUAAAAUGCCACGUUGUGGGUGGUUCUCACUUUCUAGUAUCUUUGCGAUCCAGGAGCCUUGCCUCGAGCAUUCUUGGUCUCUCACUUUCAGAGGCAUACCUUUCACUCUUGUGCAACUUCGGGGCUCAGCAUGCAACUAUAAGGUUCCUUACUAGAGAAAACUCUGGUGUUAGUGUCUAUGGGAGCUGCAACGUAUGUCAUGUCAGCCAGCAUGGGAAUGACGGGUAUUGCACAAAUUAGUCUGAUUUUCGUUCUUUCAGGUUUGUUUGGCUUCGCAUGGCUUGGAGCUGCUUUGUCAAAAGACUACAAUGAGCAACUGUUCAGCCUUUUAGACUUAACCCUUUAGGCAUCGACUCACGAAGGUACCAACAGUCAAUUCUUUUAUUUGAAACAAAAACAAAACACGGAAAUAAACAGAGGCAUAAGUGCUUGCGAAGCCCGCAAGCACGAAGACUAGGCUAAUUUGUGCACUGCUCACCAUUAAUGUAGUGGCUGAAGGAUUGCAGUACCAGAGUGCCCUUUGAUUUUAGGAAAUAAUAUGUGUGCAACAACGCGACAUUAGAAUUACAAUAGGGCCUUGUCGUCGGCUUUACCGACUCAAUAUCCACCGAAAGUCUGUAAACCUGAAAGCUAUACGUGUGCUACAGCCCCUGAUUGCUAAUUUAAUUUAAUUUAACUUUUAAUUUAUACUCUGUUCACAGGUAGAUAAAGCGAUUUAUUUGCUGCAUUGUGUUCCUAAACCUUGUGGCAGCAACACCAGACGACAACAGGGUUGUGUCCUGUAUGCUGCACAUGAAAAGUUUGUCAGUUGUGCAUAUUGAUUUCUCCAAUAAGCGACCUCACGCCGAGAAGCGGUUAAAACAUGUAAAUAUGUUGUAGAUUUGUAUCGUGUCUACGUUGUUCGUGUAGUCAGUGUGUGAUAGCUUGCGAAGAACUGCAAAAGGGUGCAUGACAAAUGUAGGUUAAGAGAAAGAACCGAGAAGGGGGAAGUUAUUUAUUCCUUUGAUAGGUGCUGUCUAAGCUUGUUAUCAUGUUGUGAUUUCCUCCAAAUAAUAGCUACAAACCUCAAAGGCUAUGUGCUACAAGCUGAGAACUGGAAACAGGCCAUGGUUGCCAUUCUUUACACACCACGUGAAGUGAAGAGUUGUCAAGGCAAAAGGGAGAAAAAACCAGAAAAGAGGUUCGACAAUUGUCGUAUUGCGUCCUAGUCAUCAAUUGGUCAGUUGUUAAUACUGUGCUGUAUUCAUUUUACAUAUUACAGUAACAUAGUGGCACGGCCGCUAGAUGAAAGAGCGCAAGAUAUGGCUUGCCGCAUCGAGCGGCUUUCUAUGAAAGAGCGCGUGUCAGCCGUAGGGUCAGUUGCGGCCGCUGCAGCGCGAUAGGGUGGGGACGGGAGGGACGGGAAAACAAGUGGCGCAGGCUCCUUCGGUGCAGCAGCCGCAACAAAUUAGCUGGUGUUUGUCACAACAGCGACCCACUCAGUUGUUGUAAUCAGUGUUUUUUUUUUUAAAUCUUAUUUAUCGUAGCUAUGAAAUAUCGCGUAUUUAGUAGACUAUGAGGCACUAUCUAGUUAAAAAGCCAAUAGAUUUUUCCUUUGCGGGCUGAGCACCUGACGUUUUUUUUUCUUUUCAGGACCAGCUUCUUGCUUUGAGGCUGAAAGAAAAAUCCACAAUGCAUGUACUGUAGCUGAAUGAUAUGGCACUGAAUGCAUGACAAAGUCGAUGUUAUAUUUAUAAAGAUGUCUUAAACUAAUGUCUUUUGAUUUUUGUGACGUUUAUUCAGCACUUUAGCGUUUUCUCAGCUGGAAUGCUUGACAAUUAAUUUUUUGUACUUUUGAUAACAGACGUUCAUAGUUUUUAUAUGUUGAAAGCGUAAUUAAAAAACAUAAUUUGAAUAUUUUUCAUGUUACCUGGUACACGGUAGUGUGGCAAAAAAUAAUUACGCUUCAAACGCUAGAUAAAAGUGGUUUCUACAAA